ACGUCACAACGACGCGCCUUGUAGUUUCUUGACAGAACGGUGCGGUAAAAUUGGGCAAUAAUUCAACAAAUAAAGACAGAGGUAGUGGCUUACCAGCAAGUAACUAGAUAUUUUCCCUUGCUUCAAUAUAUUUAGCUGUCUUAACAACAUUCCGUGACGAAAGGAGGACGCAGAAGACCGCAGUUUCUAAUUCACGUGCUUCACGAAACUUUGUUUAUUAGCUGUAUGGCUGCAAGCAGGAUGAAGCUCGAGUUGUCUCGGGUUCUCCAGGGGGGAAGCCGCCUGGGUGUCCUGAAGGGGCUUGGCAGGACGGGGCAGCACUCCCUGGAGGUACCGGGCUGUCUGCUGUACACACACUGCGGCACAGUCCCUCACCUGACCCAGGAUACGCUGCACACCCUGGACAAGCUGCCCUCUGUUACCCAGGUCUCACUGGACGAUAUAGCAGAGCACCAGGAAGUGUUGGAGGCGUUCAAGGAAGGAUUUAAGAAGUUUUCAGGCCUUCGUGACACAGUGUUGUUUUGCUCGCUGCAUGACCCCGCUAUCCUCAGCCCCACCGGUUACACAACCAACAAGACAGUGUCCGUGUGGGGAAGCGGCGGGCGCAUAGAGCUGACAGCGGCCAAGUUCAUGGCCUUGCAGAAGCUCGUGCGGCCCGACUGCUACGUGAGCAUGGCCGACGGCGAGACCUGGCAGGACAACACCUCCCGCAAGAGGGUCCGCAAGUCCGUGGAGCGGACCCUCGCCCACUUGGACGAGUGUCUGCUGGUGCACCAUGCGUCGCAGGAGCUGGAGGGAGCGGCGCUGUUCGGGGCGGUGGAGGGCGGAGACGUCCCGGAGGAGAGGGCGCGCUCGGCCAGGGAGACGGCCAAACGGCCCGUGGCGGGCUUCUGCCUGGACGGCCUCCAGACAGGCCGCCUGGACGGAGCCCUGAGAGGCCAGCUCAUCGGCGCCGUGACCAAGGAGCUACCCGAGGACAAACCCAGGCUUCUGCAGGGUGUGGGUCGGCCCGACGAGGUGCUGGUAUGCGUGGAGGCUGGGGUGGACCUGUUCGAGGGCUUCUUCCCUUUCCAGGUCACGGAGCGAGGUUGUGCCCUCUGCUUCCGCUUUGACACCGUGACGGACCCGGAGAGCGGCGAUGGGAGGCCCCCCUCAGAGACCAUGGCAAAACUGAAUGGAGAUAACGACCCCGAUGUUCCGACCCGCAUGACGCCCUUCGAGAUGGAUCUCAAAGACAAAAGGUACCAAGACGACUUCCGGCCCCUGGUCGAGGGGUGUGGCUGCUACUGCUGCAUGAACCACCAGAGGGCGUACGUGCACCACUUGCUGGCCACCAAUGAGCUGCUGGCGGGGGUGCUGCUGAUGCUACACAACACGGCCCACUAUCUUGCCUUCUUUACGGCCCUGCGAGAAGCCCUGGCCGCCGAUAAAAUGGACCUCCUGAAAAGGCGGAUCCUCGGUCGGACGGAAACAAAUGCGAUUUGUCUCCAUAACCACAACGCCAUAACCAACUCACGUUAAACUUUAAGAAGUCUGGGGCAAAGGCCAAGGAGGAAAAAAAAACCCCAAGAAAUUUGGAUGCAGAUGCCGGAAUUUUAUCAAGCACUUUCGCCCCUGACACUUGUUUUAUUGAAUCCUGCUUGAGUCUUCAUGAUAAAAUUGAAGUCAUCUAAAAGAGUGAAUUUGUGUUGCCUGGGAGGCGGGCGUAGAGGUUGAACUUGAAGGAAAGGUCAGCGGCGUUCCUCUAGUAGGACACAAGACAGAUGAAAAGGCCGUGAGCAUUUGGCCUUUUUGCUGAUGAAAGUCGUCAUUCCGGGAUGAGAGUGAACAUCUGAAGCAGCUCCAGGGUGGGAGAGCGUUGAUGAGCGAACACGGUCCUGAUGAAAUGGUAUUCGUGGAAAAUCUUGCUGCUUCCUUGCGCUGAUGACUCAACUAGAGGAAAGUAUACUUCAGAGGAAAGUGGAGUGAAAUCAAGUCAGAGAAAAUAGAUUUUAGCGCUUCACUGACAAAACAUCAAACAGAUUGGCUUGAGUUCAGUCAUAUUUCUUCUUUAUGGUUGUUAGUACAACUGUCUAGCCUCAUGCAAAUGACAGCACCUCCAGGCGCUGCAAUCCACUUGUCGGUUUCACAUGUGGAAGAUGCUAGACAGAUGAUAUCGUUGUGAUGUCAUGAUGAAUCAUUGACUGUCAUAUUCAUAUCGUAGAUAUGGUAAUGAUAUACUGCAGGUAUUAUAGAUGGUAUAAUAAUGAUAUAAUAUAUGUCAUGCUGUAUCAUAGUAUUGUGUGAUAUAAAUUUUGGGGUUUAUUGUCUUAAUAUCUAAUUACAAUGUAACAUAGAUGAGAUCACGAUAUCAUAGACAUCGUGGUGUAUCGUAGAUGGUAUUAUGAUAUGAAAAUCUCUAUGUUAUGUAUUGUAGAAAGUAUUGUGAUGAUGUGACAAUAUCAUAGAUAUUGUGCCGUAUCGUAGAUAAUGAUCGAACCGGUAUCGGGACGUAUCGCAGAUGGUAUUGUGAAGAUAGGCAGUACAUAUUGUGAUGUAUUAGAUCAUUGAUAAUGUGUCGUUUCGUAGAUGGUAACCGACAUGGAGGUUUAUACAUUUUUUUCAACAAAAUCAAUAUAAAGUAUUACAAUGUUACAAAUAAAGUUUUGCAUUUUUAGGUA